AUUUUCAAUUUUUCUAGGUCUGUGGUACUUGCGCCGGAGGAGGCUGAAGAUAUGUGGCAUGCUUAUAACCUGAUAGCUGUGGGGGAUCGGCUUAAAUCAACAACUAUUAGGUACAAUCAUGUGGCAGCUUGAUCGUCUUUUUGUAUUAGGGUAAACAAUGAAGAAUUAAUCCCCAUUGUACUCAUGAUAUUAUCAUUUUUUGUAUGUGGUUCAAGGCCCUUAUUCCAGGAAGAAAUUUAGCCUGUGUACAGAAAAAAAAUCGGAGAGGGGGCAUCUGUGAUUCACCAUUGCUAGUCGUUUAUGGGAAUAAUUUUGCAUAAAUUAGAAAAAUAGUUUACACCAACCACAAUUUCUGUGGCUCAUGUUUCAUGUCAUAUCAGCUCUCAACAUGCCGGUGCAUGUGACUUAUUUCCAUCAAGCUAUUGAGAGAGGGAGACAUUUUUAAAAUUGCUUUAUUCUACACCAAGCAAGAAAAAUGUUCUGACAAGCCCUUAUUGAAGGAAAAGAUCCAUGAUCUUAUGCAAGACUUCCUUAACCUGUAAUGUAUAACUUAUCUAGGAGAGUACCUCCAAGGGAUCUCAAGGACCAGGUAGAGUAGUGUUAGGUAGGGUGUGUAAGAAAUUCCGCAUAAAAUGUUUGCUUAUAUUUAUUUUCUGUCAGACGUGUCCAAACUGAGUCUGCUACAGGAUCAGUGAGUAGCAACAAGGUUAGAAAAUCAUUGGCCAUAGCAGUGGAGGGCAUUGAGUUUGAUACUCAGGCGUGCAUGUUAAGGAUCAAAGGACGUAAUGUAGAGGAAAACCAGUAUGUCAAGGUAAAGAAAAUAAAAUUAUCUAAUGAAUCAUAGACAUCUAGCAGGUUUAUCGAAGAGAUAUUGAAACUACAUGCCACCUAAUAUUCCAAAAAUAUGACCAUCAUUGUCAAGGCAUAGGAACUCGAUGGAAAAUUCUGAUGAUGGUUUAAAAUUUCUCGCUGGUGCUACUUCCACAAUAUUACUGAUGAUGAUUUUGUGUUUUCGUUAUCUUAGAAUUUGAUUUAGUCACUGUAAUUUAAUCCCUUAGAAAUUACAUUUCCAGUUAGAAUAAGUGAUUGCUAAUGCUGUGAGCUGUUUUUACAUGUUUUAAUGGACACCACUUGUUUUCAGCUGGUUGGUGUACACUUUGGUGUGGAGAUCACAAUUAGUUGUUUUUUCAGUAAGUAAAAUUAUUGAUAUUUGCAAUCACACACCUGAUAACCCGAUCAAACUUCUUCCUUUGUUCAAUAGAUGGGCGCCUACCAUACCAUAGACUUGGAAUUAAACAGAAAAUUCACACUUCUCAAAGAAUACUGGCAUUUGAUAGCCCUUGAAAGAGUAGGUGAGUACUCUACCACAAAAGUUGGUGUAAAACUAUACCUUCCAACUCUCACGCCUUAGGCGUGAGUCUCACGCCUGCGGGUUGAAAACUUUGAUCUCACGCCGGCUCACGCUUGCGGGCCAAUUUCUCAUGCCUGAUUGAAAAAUGUUGUUACCGUCUUGCUUGACACAAUUUCCAAACAUAUGUUAACUCAGACCCAUGUACCUUCCUUUUUGAAGUGAAAAGCACUGGGAGUGAGCUCGCCUUCGGCAGACUUCGGCAGACUUCGGACGUCUUCGGAAAACUUCGGACUUUUUCGGAAGACUUCGGACUUCUUCGAGAAUCUUCGGAAAUGAUCAUGUCGUCUUCAAAAAUCCCAGCACUCCCUUGAUAAAACUCUCACGCUUAUAUCUCAGAAAAAGUUGGCAGGUAUAUAAAACUCGUGCUUCAAGUGCUACAACGUAACUCUUCCUUGAAUACAGACUGUCUAACCAUCCCUAUCUUGUCAGUUUUCUGCUGAUUUUGCUCGAAAAUCCCUAAUCCCGACCAAUAUGCGAUCGGGCUAGGAAAAUUCUGGAUUAUGAGAUUUGCUCUGAUAUUUUCCAAUAAAUUCUUUUGAUGCUUAUACUGGAACACCUAACAGAAUCUACUUAACUGAAACUGAUAUCUAGAAAUCUUUUAAAAUCCGCAAGAAAUAUAAAUAUAAUUAAGUACUUGUACAUGAAACCGCACAAACAUAAAUUAACAUGAACAUGACAAUUGUUUUAACAAACAUUUUAGACAUUCUAAUCAGGUUCAGAAUUUCCUAUACCUCAUAGCCCUAAUCAUUCUUUACAGACAAAAGACAAUUUUGUUUCAACUUCAGAAUGAACUUUAUCGUCAGCACAAACUUUUUCAUGCCUAAGCAGGGUAUGUAUUUUAGAAUUUUUUUUGUCCUAAACAGGGACAGGGUUUCAAACCCGCAGCAGCUUACCUAUACCCAAAUAUUGGUCAAGUAACCCCCCACAUUACACUGUAGGAUUUAAGCAGUUUAGAUUUAGCCUAGAGACAACUUUAUUGGAAAUGAAUUUUAGUGUUUAGCAUAGAAAAUUGAUGAGCAUGUUUUUUCAGUCUCACAACUGAAGGUCAAAGCUUAUUUUGUUCUUCAGUUCCCUUGAUUCUUUUUUUUAUUAUUGCUCUGGUGAAUGAAUAUGUUGUGUUUCAGAGAUGGCAUGUGAUCCAACACAGCAUACUGAUCUGGGAGCCAUCUUGCUUCAUGAAGGUACCAAUGGUUGUUAUUUCAAGCUGUUUGGUGGUACAAAAUACACCUACCCACCCCAUUAGUGGAUGGUUGAUAACAAUUUCAAGGGGGAGGAGGAGAUCUAAGGCCAAAAUUUUUAAAGAAAAGUAUGAAGUUAAAGUAGAAUUUCUGGGGUGGGGUGGGGAGCCAAACUAAUAAUAAUACCAUCUACUGGGGGUAUGAAUAUUUUCUGGAACAACAAUAUAUAUAUAUGAUUGUAUUAUUGUGAGAGGUUUGAACCCUGGAGUCAUAUAUUACAUAACUAGGUUUAGUAUGAUCGUCCGAGUGGAUGUAGUCCUGAAUAGUACUGUUGUUUUUGACAGUGACAGACUGGUAUUGUGUACUAAAAUUAAUAUGAACAAUGUCAUUAAGCAUUCUCUUAACUAUAACCUUUUUCAGCUAAUUUCCAUUGUUGUUGUUUUUAAGGUUUAGGUCACAUUAUGUUGGUUACCUCAAGCAUGACAAUAGUACGAGCCAAGAUUGAUAUGAACAUACCAAGAAAAAGAAAAGGCUUCUGCAGCCAACAUGACAAGGUCAGUUGAAUUUUACUUUGUCUUUAAUCUCGAUGGUAAUCUGAAAUGUCUCUAAUGCAGCAGCAUCACACCAAGUAUUGUGGACCCAUAACAUUUCCUUUCCCUUAAUGAAUGAUACACUACAACACCAGGAUAUAUUUUGCCCUCUCUUUCUGAACAGCAGUGAUUUUGUUCUUUUACGUCCCCUAUGAUGUGAUAAGGAAGCCAAAGAUGAAGGAGGGUAGGCAAAUGGCUUUUUGUCACAGGAUUUUCAUUUAGAAUUCUAGUAGCAGCAGAAAUGUGUAACGUUACAGGAGAAUAUUUUAAAAGAAGCUCCAUGUCUGAAUAAAAAAUAGUCUUAGGCCUUUGAGCAUUAGCCGUAGAAUUCUGUGUAGUAAACAGAUCUCCAAUGCCUAAUGAACACCCUGGGUCACUGUGUAAUGACAUCAUUAUCUGAACUGUUACAUGAUCUAAUUCACAGUCAUGAUCUAGUUAGAUUUUUGAAGUCCCUGUUUUGUGGUCCAGCCAGUGUUUUGAAACCUCAGGUGACCCAACAGCAGACUAGCCUCCCACGACAUUCUCGUGUUCCUGCGCCACGAACAUUGGGGAGGAUAUUUGUGUUAUGAGCCUAAAGGAUGUCUGUAGACUAACAGCAGACCUGCACUCUUUCAACUGAACUGAAAGGGUGGCUCAGUCAGGGUUAGGCUCAGCAGUGGCCAGUGUGUAAAGAAAACAUUUUCCAGUUAUUUCAUUCCACUCAGAGGAAAAUUACACUUAACCAUAUUUGGCUUUGCCCUGACAUGUUUCCAACUAAAAAAAGGGAAAAAUAUAUCUUUCCUUCCCCCACCCCCUCAUUGCAAGUUUUGCCUCUGUGCGAGUCACCUGUAGAUAAGAACAAACACCCCAACUUUGAAUGGAGGGGAGGGGUGUGAAUUAUUGUUUUGUUCUCCAAAGGAACCCCAUCUGAGGGGGAUUUCUCAACAAAGUUGUUGCCAAUUGUAGCAAUUGACAUGAGUUUCUGCAAGUUUUUUUUUACAUAAUGUUUAUUGAGUAGACACCUCCAAUCUUAAAAGUGGACACCAGUGACCAAGAGUCCUAUGGUUUCUUUACUUAAUACAGAUUACAAUGAAUACUCGUUUCCCUAAAAACUCUGAAGUGUAAUUUCUUUUGCAGGGUUUACUCAGGUUUUAUGGUGCUAUAAUACAAGGUGUUCUCAGACAUAUAACGUUUGAUGGUAAGUUGAGUCUGUAA